UGUUUUUUUUUUGACAAUAGAGAUCAUUAUUUGGGGUAGCUGUUCCGAUGACGGCUCACACGGAGGCUCAGCCCUGCAGCACAGAGCUGUCUGGAAUCGUGAUUGCCUGUAAUGAUGAUUACCCAGACUCUGGAGUUAGAACAAUAGAUCUUACGAAGUUGGAGCUUACUUCCUCCACAAGUCCGUAUGUGAGCACAGUUUAAACAACCUGGGUCUUUCACAUGGUAUCAGGCUUUGGUUAUUCGGCUUCUGAAAUAGCAAAGUUCAGAAGCGAUGGAACUCAUCCAUCACUUCUUCCAAAAUCAUGGUGAGGCCCAGGUGUGUUAAAGCAAUUCACCUGUCAGAGAAACAAAGGCUGAAGGUGGGUAAAGAAGAAACAGUAGACCUGUGGUCAUGUCCCAGCUCUGCCACCUAGAAGCCACAUGGCCCCGGAGAAAGUCAACCCUCUCUCAAGACUCAGUUUCCUAAUUUGGAAGUCAUCGUGAGCAUGAAGUGAUCGGAUCUAUUAUCAGUUCACUGGCUUUAAAAGUCUUAAGAGUGCUUCUGAAUCUUUGGAUUUGCAGCCUUCAUUUGACAAAGUUUGUUUGGAGACAGUGAUGAGGAAGGUGGUAUUUUCACUAAACUAGGGAUGGAGCCUUGCAAAAAAAUGGUAUUCAGGAGGAAAGAAAAGACGGGUCCCCUAAAGAUGGAACAUUUUGGCUUCAGUACCAUCAGGUACCCCAUAAGUGCUGUGAAUGCCUUCGCCGAAUUUGCCCCAGUGGCUCUCAGCAUUCAGUGUGCAUCCGAGCCCGGUCCCCAACUGCCUCUUCCCCAAGGGUCUGGAUGUCAAAGCACUGGAAUGGCCUGGGAUCCAACAUUUUGAGGAAUAUGUCUGCCGACUUUGAGAUCGAUGGUUCAGGGACCAUCUGUCCUACCCUCUACCGCGUCACUGAGAAACUGCUCGGUGCAUGUGUCUGUGAGUUAAUUUGUGGCUUUAAAAACAACGGCAAAACCUGUGCUUCUGGAUGGCCCAGCUCAGACGGUCACAACCAGCAGAGCAGGCCUGAUUUGCUUGGGAGGGAAAGGAGCGACAGCCGCAGAACCCUUGGCCAUCUCCGCGUCUGGCCUUGAGUGUCCCGCCACCCCCAGUAAUGUCACCUACUGCAUCCAGCGUCUGUCGGUCGCCCCCAGACUGACGUUAUCUUAGUGAGCUAAGGCUGGUGUCUGCCCCGCAGUGGCUCGUUCAGGAGCCGCUGGAAUGAUCAAUGAGGCUGAGCAGACGGGCCCUUCUCUGGCCACUGGUGAAUCAGCUGCCGGCCGCCUCGGCCCGUUCCCGUCUCCACAGAGCAGAAGCGCUUGAACCAGGGACGGCUCUUCUGUGUCAGGCAUUGUCCUUAAUGCCAUGCAUUCUUCACAUGUGAGUGGGCUGGAGCUCCUGAAGACAUGCGCCUUCUGCCAGACCCCUCCCCCACCCCCAACUAAAGCCCUUGGUGGCCUUUGGUUUUUGUUUUUACUUUAAAAAGUUUAUUUAUUUAUUGUGUGAGAGAGAGAGAGCACAAGCUGGGGAGGGACCGAGAGAAAGCGAGAGAAUCCCAGGCAGGCUCCGCACAGCCAGCGCAGAACCUGGCACGCGGCUCGAACCCACCAACCGCGAGCCCAAGUUGGACGCUUAACCGACUGACCCACCCAGGCGCCCCUUUACCGUCUUCCUUCUUGAAAGAGCCGUAGUUAGUCUUUAUGAGCAAAAGUAAGAGCCAGAGUUACUAAGGGGAAGCCAGGUCAAACUUCUGAUUGAAAAUAAACUCAAAGAUUGAUUUUAUCUUUGAUGUUUCUCUCUCCCCUUCCUGUGUUUCUCCUCAGCACCCCCUCUUCCCCCCGGGUGUGCACAGCACGUGCACGCAUGUACGCACAUACACGCUCAUGUGAAAAGCAUUUUAAGUGCGGAUCAUCCUGGGGAGGCGUAUGGCACAGAAUCGUGGCACUGCCCUUUGAGGAGACCCAGCCUGCCGUUCCCAUUGUCAUGGUUACUGGCCUGGCCCCCAGGGCUGGUCUCAGACCAGAGGCUUUCAGCUCUUCUUCACACUCCCCUCCCUGCACCUGCCUCACAGCAAAAGAGGGACCUUCGGAGUACAAAAUCGGACAGCUGUACAUGAUCAGCAAGCACAGCCACGAACAGAGCGACCGAGGAGAAGGGGUGGAGGUCGUCCAGAAUGAGCCCUUUGAGGAUCCUCACCACGGCAACAGGCAGUUCACCGAGAAGCGGGUGUAUCUCAACAGCAAACUGCCCAGCUGGGCUAGAGCUGUUGUUCCCAAAAUAUUUUACGUUACAGAAAAGGCUUGGAACUAUUAUCCCUACACGAUUACAGGUAAGUCCUGUUCCUUUCUGCCAAAAUUCUCCAUUCAUAUAGAAACCAAGUAUGAAGACAACAAGGGAAGCAACGACCGCGUCCAAUGGAGGUUCAUCUGCUUCCAGACCACGGGUGACCGUGGGUAACCGAAACCACGGAACGCGACAUGCGGACAAGGGGAUAUUUACUAUAUUUGCAGGGACUGACUUGGCUUGUACCAGGUCACUUCAGCUUCCUAAACUAAGUUAAGAAACCUGGAGUUUAUCAGGGGUCAGCAAACUACCUUUUUUGUCAAUAAAGUUUUAUUGGAACACAA